AUGGCUUGGUUGAUUUAUUUGAGCAGACAGACAGAAUACAUGGAUGGAUCCAUUAUGGGCGUGGGUAGCAACAAGGUUAACUAUGGUGGAUUGUACAACAUCCAGGGGUGGGGCGCACCCUACUUCACAGUGAACACGGAAGGCAACCUGUGUGUGAAGGCGGAUGGGCACGAGACCAAGGCAGGGCAGGAGAUGGACGUGCUGCACGUCAUUCAAGCUGCAAAACAGAAGAGGAAGGACAUCCAGUUUCCGAUGAUCCUCCGGUUCCCCAACGUGCUCAAGCACCGCCUCGACGCUCUCCACGCCGCAUUCCACACGGCCAUCAGCCGCACCGGGUACACCAAUACAUACCAGGGCGUGUUCCCGGUGAAGGUGAACCAAAACAGGGCCAUCGUCCACGACUUGGUUUGCUUCGGCCAUGCUUACAGCUACGGGCUGGAGGCAGGCUCCAAGCCGGAGUUGCUCAUCGCAAUGAGCUGCCUCACAAAGGAGGCUAAUUCCAGAGCUUUCCUGGUUUGCAAUGGGUACAAGGACGCCGAGUACGUGAGGCUGGCGCUGUCGGCGCGUGCCAUAGGCCUGAAUGCUAUCAUGGUGCUGGACAUGGAGGAGGAGCUGGACAUCAUCAUCCACCAGAGCAGCAAGCUCGGGGUGGAGCCGGUCAUCGGCGUGCGCGCCAAGCUGCUCACCAAGAUACCAGGCCACUACGGGUCCACGGCCGGCAAGCACGGCAAGUUCGGCCUGCCUGCGGACAGGAUCUACGAGGUGGCCAAGAAGCUCAAGGGUCUCAACAAGCUGCACUGGCUCAAGCUGCUGCACUUCCACGUGGGCUCCAUGAUCCCGACCACGGAGCUAGUGGCCAAAGCGGCCAUGGAGGCCGCCGACAUCUACUGCACCCUGGUGAACAAGUAUGACGCGGCGGAGAUGACCACUCUAGACUGCGGCGGGGGGCUCGGCAUCGACUACGACGGCACCCGGUCAGCCGACUCCGACAUUUCCGUGGCGUACGGGCUGGAGGAGUACGCGUCCAGCAUUGUGCAGGCAGUGCGGACCACGUGCGACAAGGCCAUGGUCUCGCACCCUGUGCUGUGCACCGAGAGCGGCCAGGCCAUGGUGUCGCACCACUCCAUGAUCAUCCUCGAAUCGCUCUCAGCGAUCCCCGAGCCCAAGGACGACGACGACGAGGACACCCCGGAGCAGCUGCGCACCAAGAUCCAGCAUCACUACUCUGCUUCCAAUUUGCCGACGUCGACAGCAGUCAUGGACCUCCAGAAGCACGGGAUCGAGGCGUACAAGCUGGCCAAGAAGCUCUCCAAAAGGAUCGCCGGGGAUGCCAACACCAUCUACAACUACCACAUGAACCUCUCCGUCUUCUCGCUGCUUCCUGACAUGUGGGGCAUCAAAUGGCGCUUCCCGAUGAUGCCUGUGAGCCGGCUCAAUGAGGAGCCUACCCGAAUGAGCACACUCAUCGACCUAACCUGCGACAGCGACGGCAAGAUCGACAAGUUCAUAGGAAACGCCGAGACGCUCCCGCUUCACCCGCUGCCGCUAGACCCUGACCCUGAGCGCGGUGGCUGCUACUACCUCGCCGUGCUGCUUUCCGGCGCAUACCAGGAAGCCCUUUCUAACAAGCACAACCUGUUCGGCGGCCCGAGCAUAGUGCGGGUCGAGAAAAGCACCGCCACUGCCACCGGCUUCCAAAUCGCCACAGCCGACCUGGGCCCGACGACGGAGGAGCUCAUCAGCACCAUGAGGUACAAUGUCAGGCAGGACAUCGUGGGCGUCAUCCAGAGGCGGGCCAUAGAGAUAGGGGUGUGGGGAAUGGUGGGGGAGGUAGUGCACACUGGGCUUACCACCAUGCCGUACCUCAUCGUGGAAGAUCAUGCCGCCUCUUCAUGGAAGCACCAAGGAGGACUAGAUGGAAAAGACGAGUCGAUCGUCAAGAUGGUGUUUCGGCAAGUUUCCCGUCUCCUCUGCUUGCCCUUCACGUGGUCCAUCCCAUCAAAACGAAUCGGAUCAGCAGCCUGA